CUACAGUCCCCUCACUCUGCACUGGGAGUAGUGACACAACUCAAACAAUAAUACUGCCAUAGGUAUAAAGAUGAAAGAUUCGGCGAUAUAUACAGAGAAUAAGUCUGAGGAUGCGUAUAAUCAACUAAUCAGUGAGGAUGAUAAUGAGCUUAGAAUAGAGGAACAUCCUCACCUUGGCCACCCAGAUACAAGACACAAGGUUGUAAACGGACCCAGCUCUCAAACUUACAGGUUGACUGCAGUGAUCCUUGGGAUACUGUGCACUGUAUUGAUGAGCACCAUCAUUGGCCUGUGCAUCAGCUACAAAGGACUCAGUGAGAAGCAUAUUGUUAUGUCACAAAAUUCAUCAGAGACAAACAGGAACCUAGAGCAACUGAAAGCCAACUAUGACCUGCUGACUGCAGCCCUGGUGAAGGUACAGAAAAACUUCCAGGAAGAGGUCAGUGCCAAGGACAGCAUGCAGAUUGAGAGAGACAGGGAGAGGAAGAGGAAGGAGCUCCUGCAGACACAGACGGAGGCCCUGAUGAAUGAGCAAAAAAACCUGCAGGCUGAUAUCACUAUGAAAGAAAAAAGCUGUUCACGUUGUCCAAUGGGAUGGGUGCUGCUGCAAUCCUCCUGUUAUGGCUUCUCUGACACUGAUCAAGUACUGUCUUGGAAUCUGGGUCGAGAGGAAUGCAAAAAAGCUGGAGCUGACCUGGCAGUGAUAGACAGCCAAGAAAAGCAGGAGUUUAUCCAGGGCAUCUUAAUGGGAAAGAGACGAAGUUCGACAUCCUGGCAUUUGAAUGGAUACUGGAUAGGACUACACGAUGUUCAUACAGAAGGAGAGUGGAAAUGGGUGGAUGGAACAGAUCUUACCAAGGGGUUCUGGUUUGAUGGGGAACCUAAUGACAAUUACUCGGCAGAAGAUUGUGCAGCUACCUACCCAAAAGAAACUCCCUUAAAAACCUGGAAUGAUGCUCCAUGUGACUUCCCAUUGAAAUGGAUAUGUGAGAUAAAGUUACAGGAGCCCUAGACAUCACUACAUAUUGUAUAAUAAUAAUAAUAAUAAUAAUAAUAAUAAUAAUAAUAAUAAUAAUGACUACAAUGAGCUCCAUAAGCUUUGGUACAAGGACUGUUUUUCUAGAUUUGUAAUCUUUCCCAUUUCUCAGUCUCAUAAUGGCUUCAUUGACUGUCAUUGGUACAACUCUGGUCCUCAUGUUAACAAACUCCUAUAACAGACUCAGAAGUCAUUUAAAAGCCUGGAAUUAAGACUAGAAACUUGCUUUCUUAUACUUGCAUUUUGGAAGCAAUUUAAUACAUCUGACUAAUCAGAAAGGGCUGAGAAGUCAAUUACUUUUGGAGUCCUGACUGGAACACAAUGAGACUAUGAGACCCUACAAUAUGAGAAAUAAUGUGAAGUUAAUAGAAAAGACCAAGUUAUAAUAAGGUAUCAUAUAAAUUACAUCACAUGGGCCUAUUAUAGGAAAUGGUACCUAUAGCAUAUCAUAUAUAAAUUAUGGCUGAUAGCCUAAUAUUUAACAGUAGAAUUGCAAAAUAUAAAAGCUUGAAAUAUAUUGUAGGUUAUUCUAUUCAAUACAUAUGACUUACUUCCAUAACCUUGUCUACUUUUAUAGCUGAGUUAAUUAAAGGAAGGUUCAAAUGAAUGGUAAAAGGACUGCAUUUAUGUUUAUUAUGCUUUUGUCCAAAGCGAUUGUCUUGCUCAGGAAUACUUUGACACACCCAGGGCAGGGGAUUGAACCAGCGAUCCAGACAACCACCUCAAAAGGCCUAUUUUCCCAAAAAAAAUUUCCACUCAUAUUUUGAUGUUCAAUCUAUGCUAUAUAUUGUUUUUCAUAAUAUUUUCUGCGUUUCAUUUUAUUUUAUUUUUUUAGCAAAGAAAAAUCAAAGAUGUAAAUGUUUCUAUUGCCUCAACAAUGCUCUGAUAUACUGCACCCUCAUUUGGCAACUGCCCAAACAUUUAUCAUUGGUUAAUCCACUGUGGAAUGUACACUCAGUGAUCACUUCAUUAGGUAGACCUGUACACCAGCUUGUAUAUGAUUGAUGUAUUUAAUCAGCCAAUCAUAUGGCAGCAACUAAAUGCAUGAAAGCAUGCAGACGUGGUGAAGAGGUUCAGCCGUUUUUCAGACCAAAUGUCAGAGUGGGGAAGAAAUGUAAUCUAAGUGACUUUGACUGUGGAAUAAUUGUUGGUGCCAGACAGGGUGGUUUCAAUAUCUCAGAACAGAACACACACAACAAUUUCAAGAGUUUGCAAAGAAAGGUGUGAAAAAAAACAUCCAGUGAGCAGCAGUUCUGCUGGCAGAAAUGGAAAUGAGAGGGGUCAGAGGAGAAGGUCCAGACUGGUCAAAGCUGAUAGGAAGGUGACAGCAACAUAGAUAUCCACGCAUUACAACAGCGGUAUGCAGAAGAGCAUCUCUGAACAAGCAAUGUGUCAAAUCUCUGUGAGGAUAGGCUACAGCAGCAGAAAACGUAAAAAGUAUAAAAAAUAAGUCUAAUGAAUACCUAAUAAAGUGCUCACUGAGAGUAUAUCGCCCUGUGUUUUCUUUGUUGUGCAUGUGACUAGCAUGUGAGCAAAACUCAUACUCUUCCUGGUGCCCUGUAUGGCAGAGUUUUCCCCCAUAUAUCAAGGAUAUCGGUCCUGGGGGACCCCUGUGUAAGCUGGUUUUUGUUCCAACCACAAUUGCAAGAUAUGACUUACUCUGAAAGACGUAUGUGACAAACAAGCAGUCAAACCAACAUUAUCUAUUUGUAGCUAAUAUUAAAUAAGCACUGUCCAACCUUAAAUAAAUCAUUUUGUUUCAAUGUG